UGCUAUGAGUGCUAGGUAUGACAGUCGACUAAGCGGCAUCCGACGCGACGAUCAGCAGACGGUACAAUGUCUUCGUCCUCGAAAGCUCAGCUGAACGCAACAGCUGUAGAGAAUUUUCGCGAAUAUUUGCGGAUACCUUCUGUCCAACCGAACAUCAAUUACGAUGAUUGUGUUGCAUUCCUUCGGAAACAAGCAGAAUCUCUCGAUUUACCUAUUAAAGUAUAUCAUGUCCAGGCGAAUAAACCAAUUGUUGUCAUAACAUGGAUAGGGACAGAACCAGCAAAACCAGCUAUUCUAUUAAAUAGUCACAUGGAUGUUGUACCUGUAUUUGAAGAUAAAUGGACCUAUCCACCUUUUAGUGCUCAUAUGGAUGAAAAAGGAAACAUUUAUGCUCGUGGUAGCCAGGACAUGAAAUGUGUUGGAAUCCAAUAUUUGGAAGCAAUUCGCCGUUUAAAACUUACUAAUCAACAUUUUAAGAGAACAAUCCAUAUCUCCUUUGUACCUGAUGAAGAAAUAGGAGGAGAACUUGGCAUGAAAGAUUUUGUACGUACCAAGGACUUCAAAGAGUUAAAUAUUGGUUUCUCUCUGGAUGAAGGUGUAGCUUCGCCCGAAGAAUAUUUUUAUAUGUUUUAUGGUGAAAGAGCAAUUUGGCAUGUCGAAGUAGAAUGUAAGGGUACUCCCGGUCAUGGAUCCAUUUUACAUGAUAAUACAGCUGGUGAAAAAAUAAGAGUUAUAAUUGAUCAUUUUAUGGACUACAGAGCUCAAGAGAAAGAAAAGUUGAAAGAUCCAAAAGUACAGCUUGGCGAUGUUACAACUAUAAACUUAACGCAACUGAAGGGUGGCGUACAAACAAACGUAGUACCUACUUCGUUAACGGCAAUUUUUGAUAUUCGAAUUGAGCCUUCUGUCGAUCACAUCGAGUUCGAAGCUAUGAUCAAAAAAUGGUGUGAGGAAGCUGGUGCCGAUGUUACGUAUUCGUUCGAACAAAAAGAUCCCAAGAUCGAGAACACAAAGUUAGACGAUUCUAAUCCCUAUUGGAUCGCUUUUAAAAAAGCUUGUGACGAUCUUAAAAUAAAGUUGCAAAUAGGAAUCUUUCCAGGCGGAACAGACAGUCGCUAUAUAAGACAGGUUGGAAUACCUUCCAUUGGUUUUUCACCCAUGAAUAAAACGAAAAUACUUCUUCACGAUCACAAUGAAUAUCUGAACAAAGAUAUAUUCUUAAAGGGCAUUGAUAUAUACAUGAAAAUAAUACCAGCAGUAGCAAAUAUCUAACUAGAUGAUCUCUAACAUCACACGCUUUUUAAAAUUGUGUACCUUUAUUUCAAAUACCAAAGUCAAAAAUUAAGAUUAAUAAUAGGAGUUAAGAAGAAAUGCAGAAGUUUACUAACGUUCCUGAAUGAACGAAAAAUAGUGCAAUAAUUCAUAAAGAUUUAGAAAGUUAUAUAUGUUUCAAAUAUUUAUAAUUGUUACAAAAAUAUGUUUUUAUUAUUA